AUGUCUGGACCAAGAAUACAACUCAACAAUGACCCAAACGAACUUCAACCCCCGGGGGAAUCAACACCAAAUACUCGCAAGACACUACACCAAAACAUAUUUGGCAAAUUACGCCCGGUCCCACUCCAAUAUCACUGGACAGUUUGGUUUGACAGGCACAACAAUCCGGCCAGCAACGCCACCUGCACCAGUCCAAGUAGCGACAGCAGCAGCAACACACAAUCACAAGAACAGUAUACCUCACGUCUCACGAUCCUAUACGAGGACAUCGCCGACAUCGCCAGUUUUUAUCGAGUAUACAACAACUACCCCUGGGACAAGAUCCGUUUUCGUGAUACAGUACACAUAUUCCGUAAGGGUGUAAAGCCGGUAUGGGAAGACCCCGAGAAUAUGCAGGGUGGAUGCUGGACGUUCCGCGUACCGAAAGCCAAGGGACAGGAAUUUUUCCACGAGAUUGCUAUUUUGGUGAUGGGGAAUGAGUUGCAGGCUGCUGUGGAGAGUGAGCACGACCAUGUCCUUGGAGUUAGUAUCUCGGUUCGGUUUAAUACGCAUUUGAUAUCUGUCUGGAAUAAGCUUGGUUCCAAUGAGCGUUCAGUCAAGAUACUUGAGCAAACUAUCAUUGAUCGACUGUCGCCGGAGUUGAGACCUGCUGAUAAUAAGAGCUAUGUCUCGUCUUCUUCCUAUUUUUACAAGAGGCAUGCGGAUCACGACGGGUUUCAGGAGGCGGUUGAAAGGGUGAAGGGCUCUGAAGAGGAGUGA